AUGAGUGACUUUUUAGCUAAGGCCCAAAGGCAGCUUCAGGCGCUGGAUAAGCAAUUUGCUGGUAACAAAUUAUUGGAGGAAUUUGAGAGGAGAACCAAUUUGCCAAAAUCUUACGCAAUUGCUGGUGGUGCGGGUUUAUACUUGUUUAUUAUCUUUAUCAACGUCGGUGGAGUGGGUGAAAUUUUGUCCAACUUCGUUGGGUUUGUAGUGCCAGGUUACUAUUCACUUGUUGCGUUGAAGAGUGCAUCUAAAGAUGAUGACACUCAGUUGUUAACCUAUUGGAUUGUGUUUGCUUUCUUCAGCGUUAUUGAAUUUUGGUCCAAGGCAAUUCUCUAUUGGAUUCCUUUCUAUUGGUUUUUCAAGACUAUUUUCCUAAUCUUUAUUGCUUUGCCGCAAUUACAUGGUGCCAGCAUGGUGUACAACAGGGUAAUUGCACCUUUGACUGAUUCAUACAUUGUAGGGAGUAUUAACAAGAAGACAGAUAUAUCAUCCAAACUAGAACAAACCGCCAGGGAUGCUUCCGCGAAUACCAGCGGUGCUGCUCUUCACUCUGCGAACAACUGA